CCAAACAGUGAGAGAGAGAUCUGAUAAAAAAAAACAGUGAGAGAGAGAGAGAGAGAGAGAGAGCGCAAUGCAGCAGCAAGCACCAUCUCCGCUCCACUCGCCGGCGGAGUCACGGGAAUCAGCCACGGAGGCGCCGCCCAAACAGGUGGCGCUCGCGAUGGACAGGUUGUCGAACGCCGGCCGUCUAAUUGCCGACAUAAGGCUAGGCGCCGAUCGCCUCCUCGAAGCCCUCUUCGUCGCUUCGCAGCCUCACCAGUUCACCAAACCCUUGCACUUGAUCCUCAAAGAAGAGGCCUCCAUGCGACAGCACCUCCACGACCUCCGUACCAUUGGAAGGCAGUUGGAAGAUUCUGGAGUUCUUAACGAGUCACUUAGGUCACGCAGUAAUUCGUGGGGCCUCCACAUGCCUUUGGUUUGUCCAGAUGGGGCAGUUGUUGCAUAUGCAUGGAAACGUCAACUUGCUGGCCAGGCUGGUGCAUCUGCUGUUGAUAGGACCAGGUUGGCUCUCAAGGCAUUUACGGAUCAGAAACGGCGAUUUUUUCCUCACCUUGAUGAUGGUGCUGAGUCAAUUUCAAAGAAAAUUUGUAGUUCACAAGCAUCAACUGCAAGUCAUGAAGAAGAGCUUAAUGAAUACGGAUCGCUAUCAGAUUUUCUAUUGCAUCUGGAAAAAGAAGUGCCAAAUGUGAAAAUUAAUACUUAUGAACGGUUGGAUUGGUUGAAAAGAGCUUCUUCACUUGCCUCCGCAGCCAACGAAAGUGUCAUAGAAACACCAAAAGAGCACGCUUUUCAUAGUUCAAAUAAUCUAAGACAAGGAACCGUAGGCAGCAUUUCUGCAGACAAGGUUGCUGUAAUUGAGCUGCUGUUUCCUUCUGUUUUUAGAGCUAUAGUAUCAUUACAUCCAGUAGGUUCCAUGGAUCCUGAUGCAGUUGCGUUCUUUUCACCAGAUGAGGGAGGCAGCUAUGUACAUGCAAGGGGCUUUUCAGUUCAUCACGUAUUUAAGCAUACCACGGAACAUGCUGCUAUGGCUCUGCAGUAUUUUCUUGGCCUCAGGACGGAAACUGCUCUUCAUUCACUAGUGCACUGGAUCUGCAGCUAUCAAACUCUGUUCACAAAAGUGUGCAGUAAAUGUCGACGGCUAUUAUCAAUGGACAUUCAAUCAGCACUAAUGUUGCCUCCAGUUCAUCGCCCUUACCGGAAGUUCUCUAUCAGUAAAACUACAACUCAAACGAGUUCCUCAACAAAGGAUCAAAGUGUGGACAUCUCCCAGGCAUAUCAUAUCGAUUGCUUUCCAGAGGAAGCUUAGACUACCAUUAAUGCAGUUGCGUACGGAGAGCCUUGUACACGAAAAACAGAAUUAGAAAUCCCAAUUUAUCUCCUGAUAUGUUGUCUAUCCGGUGGCUGGAGAUAUGUUGUAAUACCUUUCUUCAGUAAGGUUGAAUACGUAAAACUUCUCCGGUUCCAAAAAAGGUACGCAGAAAACUUCACAAUGCUCCAUAUGUAAUUCACACGUAUCCAAACGGAGCCUAAAAUGGAAGAAAGCAGCUCUUUUAUUUGGUGAUGUGAAAUACGGAAUUCUAAAGAUGUAAUAGAAGUCCAGGUUGGACUUGGGAAAUUGCUCCCUCUUUCAUUCAAAACUCAAACUCUUGUGGGGUCACUUCGUAUCAAAUUUUGUCCCGGUUUAAUUAA